AUGCCUCAAGCACAGCCAGAACUCAAGAAGUACCUCGAGAAGCGCGUUCUCGUCCAGCUCAAUGGCAGCCGCAAAGUCAUGGGUAUCCUCCGGGGAUACGACGUCUACCUAAACAUUGUACUCGAUGAGGCGCUAGAAGAGAAGGCUGGCGGUGAGAAGGUGCGCAUUGGCAUGGUUGUCAUCAGAGGAAAUGCCGUGGUCAUGCUUGAAGCGCUUGACCGCAUCAACCAGGACGUACCCAAGAUCGGACGAUAG